AUGGACGCCGUCGCUAACACUACCCUCGUCAUCAAGGACGUCAAGAAGUCGAAGAGCGGCAAGAGCAAGAAGGCCCCAAAGAUGCUCGCCGGCGGCCAGGACUUUGCCGACAUCGACUACAUGCCCGACUGCUUCACGCUGCUCAGCGACUGGGAGGCGUCUUCUUCAUCCGACUACUCGUUUGGCAGCGAUGUCGAGGCCGAUGACCUG